AUGACACCUCAGCUUCAGGAGCUCAAGAAGGAGUGUCUUGUCGUUUUCAGGAAGUGGCAGGGCAAUGUCCUGACGCGCGCCAAAGACAUUUCGGUCAAAGAUCCCGAAGCUUCAGCCGCCCCAGCCGGCCGUGGAGGUCGUGGUGUUCGCCGGAAGUUGUUACUGCACACAAUUCUCCUGCUUCUCCUGUCGUUGGAACAGUACACGGCCUUUUCUCGCGUCUUCAUGCUCAAGUUGGCGUCAUCGCUUCACCUAACUCUCCGCUUUUUUCAAGAGGAUGAGGUUCGGGUUGCCCGAGGUCUCGGCAAGACUGUGCAGGAGGUCAACGCCGAUGAGGUAGUCGAGGACAAGUCUGCAGAGAACAAGCCGACCAGACGCUGGAAGGUUGGCCUUGCUGGCGCUGCCGGUGCUGCCAUCAUUGGUGUCACUGGAGGUCUUGCCGCUCCCUUGGUCGCUGCUGGCAUUGGCACCGUUAUGGGCGGUGUUGGACUUGGUUCCACGGCGGCAGCCGGAUUGCUCGGUACUCUAGCCCAGAGUGGCGUUGUCGUUGGCAGCUUGUUCGGCAUUUAUGGUGCUCGCCAGACUUCCAAGAUGAUGGACCAGUACGCCAGAGACGUCGCCGACUUUGCGUUUCUACCUCUGCAUGGCGAGAUGCGAGACGAGUAUCGUGACGCCAAAGAGAUCCCGUCCAAGGACCGACGCCUUCGAGUUGUCCUCGCCCUCAGUGGUUGGCUUACUCAGAAGGAAGAUGUGGUCAACCCCUGGCGUUGCAUCGGCCACCAAGGUGAGGUGUACGCUGUACGAUGGGAAGUUGCCAACCUGAUGAAUAUGGGUAACUCGCUCGAGACUGUCAUCAAGAGUACCGCCUGGAGUGUUGCCAAGAAGGAAAUCAUCACGCGGACCAUCUUUGCCAGCCUCAUGUCGGCCAUGUGGCCCAUCGGCCUUCUCAAGGUCAGCAAGGUCAUUGACAACCCCUGGAGUGUCGGGAUGGUUCGAGCCGAGAAGGUCGGCAUGAUCCUAGCGGAGGCCAUCAGCCGAAAAGUGCAGGGUGAUCGACCUGUCAGCUUGAUUGGCUACAGCUUGGCUGCCCGAGCCAUUUACACCUGCUUGAUGGUCCUUGCCGAACGCCGCCAAUUCGGUCUCAUUGAGUCCGUGGUUAUGAUUGGCACCCCGGCGCCAUCCGAAAGCAGAGUUUGGCUUGCUUUGAAAAGCGUCGUUGCGGGCAGACUUGUCAACGUCUACUCGGAGAACGAUUAUAUCCUUGGCUUCCUGUACCGUACGUCCAACCUCCAGUUCGGUGUUGCAGGCUUGCAGCCAAUCCAGGGCGCCGAAGGCGUGGAGAACUACGACGUGAGCAGCAUGGUUAGCGGCCACCUGAGAUACCAAUACAUGAUUGGUACCAUCCUCAAGAACAUCGGCUGGGAGGAUCUCGACUACGCGCAGAUCGAAAAGGACGAGCAAGUCCUCAGCCUCAUGGAUGAGAAGUACGGCCGUGACAAGAGCCAGAAGCCGACCUACGUCGACAUGGACAAGGAAGCUGAGCACAUCCAGGAGGAGGUCAAGCACAAGAACGACGCCAAGCUCGAUUCGAAAAUGAGCAAGAUGAAGAUCCAGGAUUAG